CAAAAGGAGGAAUUAUUUGCAUACCGACGCUGUAGUUGUGGUAAAACACUUUCCAUGCAGAAGAUGGACCAUGCAAACAUGACCCAAGCCGUGUUUGGCACUGAAUCCCGCAACACGGAGAACAACAGCAACGAGUAUUUUUACAUUCUGAUCGUCAUGUCUUUCUACGGGAUCUUCCUGAUAGGGAUAAUGCUCGGUUACAUGAAAUCCAAAAGAAAAGAGAAGAAGACCAAUUUGCUUCUGCUCUACAAAGAUGAGGAGAGAGAAUGGGGGGAAGCUGUGAAGCCUCUACCAACCAUCUCGGGGCUGAAAUCUGUCCAGAUCCCCAUGAUGCUGAACAUGCUUCAGGAGAGCAUGGUGCCGUCCCUGUCCUGUGCCAUCUGCUCGAUGGAAGGCAGCAGUGUGAGCUCCGAAUCCUCCUCCCCAGAUGUGCACUUCACCAUCCAGGAGGAAGUGCUGGAUGCUGAACUGGGGGAAGUGUCAGAAACGCUCCUCAACGAGAGCAGCGAGGGAUCUGCGGAAAACAUCCACAAGAACUCCUAGCACUUGCAGGGCUCCCCUGAUCAGCUGCCAAAGCGUGAGUGGAGCUCCCACUAAGAACUUGUGGUUCUACUUUCCUGCUCCCCAAUGAACUCUGAACAGGUAUCUGUGCCCCUGGGCCCGAGGUGUUCCUGAGAGCUGGCAGGACAAGGAAGCAGCGGUACCCAACUCCAAAGUGUAACUUGCACAUAAUUGGGAUGCUUUAUUUUAAUUUUUCCAUUAUUAUUUCUUACCAUAAGAGCUAAGAACAAGGAGAAUAUAUAUAUAUUUUCUAAUGAGGUAACUAUUACUGGCAUGUCUCUGCAUAUUUCGGAAUUCUGCAAAUAUCUGGGAAAUGGUAACUUCCCUAAGCCUGACGCAAGUGCCUCGUUAAAGACAAUGGGUAAUGCUCAUUCACACAAAACUGUGAUAGACUAGAAGUACUUUUACUGUGUUUUUCUUAUAACAAACCACAGCCAACAGCAGAUUUGCUCAAUGAGGCCUCAAAAGCUGAAAAUUUGUCGCUGCUGUAGUUGAAGGGAGAUUGCAGCGUGGCUGGAGACUGACUUUAGGCACAGAAAGAAUGAAAGAAAAAGAAAAAAAAA